AUGUCAUAUGCCUAUUUGUUUAAGUAUAUCAUUAUUGGCGAUACAGAUAUUAAUGUGUUUACAUAUAUUUCAUACCCUUAUAACCGGAUGGUAUACCCCUUAGGUGUAGGCAAGUCGUGCCUACUGUUGCAGUUCACGGACAAGCGGUUCCAACCGGUGCACGACCUGACCAUUGGGGUGGAGUUCGGCGCCCGUAUGAUCACAAUCGACGGCAAAAAGAUUAAGCUCCAGAUAUGG